UUUUCUUCGCAUAGAAGGGGUGUGGGGAAGGGCUCAAGAAUAUACAAUUAAACAGUAAAGAUUGGUUUCAUAUCGGCAACAGGAAAGGACAGUGAAGGGAAAACUUGGGGGAACAUGCCAACCAUAAUGCUCCGAAGGAAAGCAGCUUAUGAGGAUUGAAAAUAUUGUUUGCAAUGCAACCCUUAUUUGACGAUAUGCCAUCAUCGGAAUUAUUGAGCAUUUCAAGGUCUUCACACUAAUUAAGUCCCAAUCCUUCAUGCGAUACGUAGUUCGAAUGGACCUGGUGGAAUUGGAUCACAAGGAAGAACUCCGAAUAUUCUUGGUGGUACAGUCUUCUUGCAUUGGAUCGGGAAAACCAGUUCCUAGAAAAUGAUAACGGAAGGUGAAAUUUCCAUGCACUUUCCCUAAGAGGAGCUUCGAUAAAACGGAAAGCCCAGAAGCAUUUGGUGAAACUUUCUUUUUACCUAUUGUAUUGCUCCAGACGCACCGCCACCAUGCCUCGCCCCAUGAGAAGGAAACGUCCUGUGGAACCCCAAAAUACACAGACGUUCAUAAGACGAUCGAACUCUCCUCCGAGUCCGCCAGCGGUCUUUGCGCGGCAAAUAGAGGGUCCGGUCGAGGUCAAAUCGCUUAGCUAUAGUGUCCAGAAGAAAAAGAAAACGAAGAAGAAGAAAAAAGAAGGCGUUGAUGAUUCUCAUGUAGAAAAUGACAUUGGGGAGGAAGAGGAGGAAGACGAAGAAUGGUUAGCAGAGAAGAAAAGAAGGGAAGAAUCAUUGAAGCAAUAUGAGCUUCUGACGCAGCAAAAGAAGCAAAGGAAAUUAGAAAAGAAGAGAAAGAAGGAGGAGGCGGUUAGACAGAGGGAAGAAGCUCUGAAACAAAAGGAAGAGAAGGAAAAAGCGGAAAGGGAAUGGCAGGAAAGGAAGGUCCGUCUGGAAAGGGACCGUAUAGAACGAGGUCAGGUCAGUGAUGAAGAUGGUGAAGGAACACCACGCCAACCUCGUGGUAGAGGCCGGGGCAUUGGGAGAGGACGUGGAAGAGGUCGUGGUCGAGGGAGGGGAAGGGGGAGAGGAAGGGGACUGCCACCUCAAAGAACGAGAAAACAAGCUCCUCCUGCACCUGGUCGAGGAGGUCGCCGACCAGGGGCCAUUGGUAAACAACCUACAAUGGAAGCCAUCAUUGAAGAACAAGAAGGGGACAGAGUUUCACGCCAGGCAUGGGCAGAGGCUUCCGAGGAUCCUCAGUCCCUAGAAACUGCUAAGGCCUCAACAUUGAAAAGGCCCCUGUCUCAGAUUGAUGACAAUGUAGAAUUGCAAGAAAAGGAUGAAGAACAACAAAAAGCCGAAACAGAUGCAGACGUGAUUCAGGAACCACCAUCAAAGAGUAAGAAGUUUGCCAAAGUUGCCGGCUUUGUAGCAAGAAUGCUUAAAGCUAAACAGAAAAAUAUUCCGAAAGAGGCUGCUCUGGACAAAGAUGACGAAGAUGGUAAAGAAGAUAAGGGUCCAAGUCAGGCCUGGGCUGAAUCUCAAUCUUCAGAUAUUCCUGAAUCCUUGGUCAGAAAAAGACGCUUUUCUAAAAUAGAUGAUGAAGGGGAACUUCAAGAUAUUGAAGGGGGGAAAGAUGACGAAAGAGAAGAAAUUGCAAAAGACGAAAACGACAUUCAGCCAACUCAUCCCAAAAAUCUAAAGUUUUCCACGGUGGCAAGCGUUGUUUCCAAAUUAAAAAAGGCCCGAAAGGCAGCAUCAUCUGGACCCGAAGAAACUGGAGACGCCAAAGAAGCGGCCACAGACCAAGAAAAGGUAACUUCUGAAGAUACAGUGUCAGAGAAGGAAGGCGAUGUCAAAGAAUCAGAACGUGCCAAAUCAAAACUCAGACGCCAAACUACAUUACACGACGGAAUAUCUGAGGAUCAUCGACUCACCCCUGUUGAAGAACCAGAAAAGAAGGGAAAAGAAUCACCAACUGAUGGAACAAAGUCUGUAGGAAGUGGUAAGAAGUCGCCUGAUGAGGAAAGAAGCGCCAAGUCUGUUGAAAGUGAAAAGGACAUAUCAGAAAGUCGUACAUCUGAUGAAAGGAGGGAUGGACCGAAAGACAAGGUAGCCCCAGUGGACAGUGUCGGUGAGGGAAUAACAGAGACCUCACUUAGAGAAGCAAAGUCGACUUCGGACAAGAGCCUUGGAGAUCCAGAAAACGGAGAAGCAGAACAAGACCUUAUUGUGUCAUCCGCUAAAGAAAAGGAAAGUGUGACUGCACAUGUGAAGAUAAUGGUUGAUACACGUUCAACUCAAUGGACACCCAAUGAUUUCAUUACACCCCCGAUUCCUCAGGAGUUAGAGGACAAAGAAGAAGUCGGCACAACACCAAGACCGGACGCAGAUCGUGAACUAGCACUUUCACCAAAGUCAAGCGAUGAGAAGGGAGACGGUGAGCAGGGAGACGAUAAAGGGAGUGAGAAAGGAAUCGGAACUCCAUCUAAACCAGGGUCUGGUCACGACGAUGCUAGAUCGAAAGCAGAAAGCGAGCACAAAGUAACAGAUGACGAAACUGAAAAACAAAGCGACUCGACGCCAAAACCGAGUUCGGGUAUGGAUCUUAGUUCUUCGGAGCCUUCUAUAAAGCCCGAAAAUGAAGGAGAAGAUGAUAUUCAAAAGGAAGAAACAAAAGCAGAUGACAGUGAUAUUGACGAUACCUUUGAUAAAAUUACAUUUGACUUAACUCGGCCUCUCAACCCAAUACCACAUAUGAAGAAGGUAACUGUACCAAAAUUAGAUCCUAGACCUGACAAUCCAAUUCCUACUGAAAUACACCCCAAAUUGAUUAAUAUCGAGAUUGAUGAUGAGUACUAUUUAGCCGGUAGGUUACCAAAACGGUCUUGGAAGUUUGAAGAUGAUACAGACUACACGGAAAUGCAGUUGUUUGCUAGAAGAGAUCGGAUUGCGGAAGAACGAAAACUUGAGAAGUUUAGGAAAACAGAAAUGGGAUCUCUUCUUGAUCUGGUAUUGGAAGGCUCGAAAGUUCUUCCUCUCGAAGUGUUUGAGACUGAGAGGCACCACAGAGGUUUCGAAAAGAUACUGACUUCGUUGAUAAAAGAAGAAAGAAAACUUCGAACUCCCCCUAAGAAGGAGACUCAGCCUGAAACUGUCCCUACCACACCCGAGAACGUAGAUUAUACAAUAGGUAGAGAGCCUCAGGAAACAGAUAACACAGAUGAAGAUUUCAAUAUACCUUCUGAAGACCAGAUACCUACGAAAGAUGAACCUAGACCAGAGACGCCUUCAGAAAUAACAAUUACUCCAGUUUCGGAAAAAGAUGGAAAGUUUCCAUCGGAAACAAAAUCUCCAGAACCAUUCAAUGAAGUUGACAGAACGAUAAUGGAAAGAAAUGCACAAUCUUCUACAGAUAUUAAAGUGUCUAAUCCGUCAGAAAUAGAUAAUAAAAGGGCACCAGAAGCCGAAAUUUCAGAACGUUUAGAGGUGGGAAAGGAGGAUAAUGAAACCAAAAAAGACGUACCAUCCCCGUCGGAAAGUGGAGAAGGAAGGGAUUUAGUGAAAGAAGGAUCAACAUCGCCACAAAGAGAAGCAGAUCAUGAGGAAACCAAGACCCAGAAAGGAAAAUUAUCUCCAUCGGGCAAAGACGAGCUGUUAAAGACAGAUGUCGUCAAGUCAGCUGAUAUGAAAUCUGUUCCAACCAGCAAGUCAGAUAAAGAGGAAACGCCCCUCCGGGUAACAGUAUUACCCUCAAAUAUUCAAAUUAAACAUGCCUUGUCGCUGCUCGAGUCUGCACAAAUUGACUUAAUUGGUGUAUCGAAGAAAGAAUCUGAAUCGAAAUCGUCGGAUAGAGCGGAGGCAAACACUUUAGUGGGAGAAGCUGGAACAACUCUUGGUGAGGGGGAGUUAAUCACUCCAAGGAUUGACAAGCGAUCAACAUCUUCUGGUAGCUUAGAGCUUGGAUCUGGAGGGCAAACGACGACAUUAGAAAAGGUUGAAAUAAUUGAGGGCCAAAAGGAACAUGAAGAAGGCAGUGUUAUUGAAACCACAAAAGGCGACAGAGAAGAAGGGACAGAUGUAAAAGAUUAUAAAAGCAAAGGCCAGUCUCCCAGGCUAUCGAGUAAGUUAAGUGAAGACAACAAGGAGCAAGACAUAGGAAACGAGGAGACUACAAGACAAAAAAGUGAAGAAGUUCUUAGACCGCAAACAAUUGAUGAAAAAGAUAAAGAAAAGGCUUCCAAAAGCACCGAGUCAAAUGAGGAAGAAAAAGAAAGCACUAAGCAGAGUUCAAGACCACCCACUAAAUUAAGUGAUGGAAAGUCGGCACCGACAUCAAGGGCCCAAAGCAAGUCAAGUCAUGUCAUUGAUGAGAAGAUAAUACAAGAAACGGAUGUCGAGGAACUUCACCAUACGAAACACACAUCAAGACCAACUACAAAAUUAAGUGGUGGAAAGCAGGAACAGAUCUCCCGAGCCCAAAGCAAGUCAAGCCAUGACAGUGUUGAGAGAGAUGGAAAGACGGAACAGGUCUCUAGAGCCCAAAGCAAGUUGAGUCAUGUCAGUGGUGUCGAGGAAAGAGACAGCACCAAGCAUAGUUCAAGACCAACCACUAAAUCAAGUGGUGAAAAUCAGGAACAGAUCUCUAGAGCCCAAAGCAAGUUGAGUCAUGUCAGUGGUGUCGAGGAAAGAGAGAGCACCAAGCAUAGUUCAAGACCAACCACUAAAUUAAGUGGUGAAAAUCAGGAACAGAUUUCUAGAGCCCAAAGCAAGUUAAGUCAUGACAGUGUUGAGAGAGAUGGAAAGACGGAAGAGAUCUCUAGAGCCCAAAGCAAGCUAAGUCAUGUCAGUGAUGAGAACAUAGUACAAGAAACGGAUGUCGAGGAACGUCAACAUACGAAACGCACAUCAAGACCAACUACAAAAUUAAGUGGAGGAAAGCAGGAACAGAUCUCCCGAGCCCAAAGCAAGUCAAGCCAUGACAGUGUUGAGAGAGAUGGAAAGACGGAACAGGUCUCUAGAGCCCAAAGCAAGUUGAGUCAUGUCAGUGGUGUCGAGGAAAGAGACAGCACCAAGCAUAGUUCAAGACCAACCACUAAAUUAAGUGGUGAAAAUCAGGAACAGAUCUCUAGAGCCCAAAGCAAGUUGAGUCAUGUCAGUGGUGUCGAGGAAAGAGACAGCACCAAGCAUAGUUCAAGACCAACCACUAAAUUAAGUGGUGAAAAUCAGGAACAGAUCUCUAGAGCCCAAAGCAAGUUGAGUCAUGUCAGUGGUGUCGAGGAAAGAGAGAGCACCAAGCAUAGUUCAAGACCAACCACUAAAUUAGGUGAUGGAAAGAGUGAACAUAUCUCUAGUGCCCAAAGCAAGUUAAGUCAUGUCAAUGAUGAGAAGAGAGUACAAGAAACGGAUGUCGAGGAACUUCACCAUACGAAACAAACAUCAAGACCAACUACAAAAUUAAGUGGUGAAAAUCAGGAACAGAUCUCCCGAGCCCAAAGCAAGUCGAGCCAUGACACUGUUGAGCGAGAUGGAAAGACGGAACAUAUCUCUAGAGCCCAAAGUCAGUCAAGCCAUGCCAGUGGUGUUGAGGAAAGAUACAGCACCACGCAUAGCUCAAGACCACCUAAUAAAUCAAGUGGUGGAAAGUCGGAACAGAUCUCUAGAACCCAAAGCAAGUUAAGCCAUGUUAGUGGUGUCGAAGAAAGUGACAGCACCAAGCAGAUUUCAAGACCACCUACUAAACUAAGCAAUGGAAACUCCGAAGAGAUCUCCAGAGCACAAAGUAAGUCAAGCCAUGUCAGUGUAGAGAAAACAGUAAAAGAGACAGAUGUCAAAGAAGGGGACCAUACGAAACUUACAUCAAGACCACCUACUAAAUUAAGUGAUAGAAAAGAAGAACAAGAAAAGCUUGAUGCGAAUGACGAUGACAUCGAUCUGGAAACCUCAAAAACACCGACUGAAGUAUCUGAUGAAACUGAAGCCUCUACCAUCAACAUGAAUGAAGAUUUUUACUACCCCUGGUUGUAUCCAACAAAAAUGGAAGUUAGAGAGAACACCUCUUCACCUAAGAGUGUAGAUAGCAGGACCAGUGGUAAAUCACCCGGGUCAAAAAUAGAGGACACAACCGAGAAAAUCGGAGAUGAGUCACGUGAUACGAAAGACCCAAUUGAAGACGCUCCAUCUUCAUCGCCUCAUAUCGGAGAUAAGGAAGAUAAAGAAAAAGAACCAUUAGCUAUCCACGAAGAGGAUAUUAAAGAUGAAUCUCCGGCAGAAAAUGCCCUCCAAUCCGGAAUACCAGAUAAAAUUAGAGAAGUAACAUCUUCUAAAAUAAUCACUAAAACCAUUAUAGAUGGGGAAGAACCCGCACUCGAAGAGAGUCGAAUGUCUGGGAAAUUGAGUUCGAAAACACCAACUAAAAGGCCACAUUCAGAAAGAAGUACACAAUCCGGGGACAUCGAUGAGAAGAGCCAGCCAAGAAGUUCUUUGGCUGUAAAAAGUGUAGUUUCACAACGAAGCAUUAGUUCUAUAGAAAAAGAAGCUAAAAGAAGUCCAGAAAUCAAGGCAGUCACAUCGCUAACGGAACCUCUUUUGGCUGAGCAUAAAACGGAAGAAUCUGAUAUCAAUGUGGCAAGUAAGCAAACACUUCCCCAUACCAAAGACGAAGCUGAGAAAGAAACCGAAGUGUCAGCGGAUGUCAGUGCAGAAAGCGUACAAGAAAACAAAAAGGAAGAACUACCGAAAGAAACAACAUCAAAGGAGCAUAGGGAGAAGCACCUGAAAGAUGAAUCUUUAAAUCUCGAUAGACAUGAUAGAGUAGAUACAGGGAAAUCUAAAACCGAUCGUCCAGAAUCUAAAACAGCAGGUAUUGCUAUUGGUGUUUUGGUAGCCGAUUUACGUCCUGGAAGUCAGCAAGGGAAAAUCACCGAUGAUACCGCUGUAAAAUUGGAAAACAAGCUUCGAGACGGAAUUGACAAAAUAGAACAUGCAGUUGCAUCCAAAGAGCCGGAAGGUGAUGAAGCGAAACAGUCGCUCCCUCCUGGAAGAGGACGCGGGAGAGGUCGAGGUCGCGGAAGAGGGCGUGGCCGAGGAAGGGGGCGUGGUAGGUUAAAUGAUGGGGCAGAAACGCAGCCGCAAGAAAGAGAACAGGUUGAUCAACGUGGUAGGGGACGUGGACGAAGAGCACGAGGGCGUCCCAGAGGGCGUGGUCGCGGUAGGGGUAGGGGUCAAAUCAUAGACAAUGUUUUACAACAUCGUCUUGGAGUUGAUAUCCCACCGUCAGAGGUUAAGUUGGAUGAACAACUCAAUACAACUGAUAUACCAGUUGUGGAAACGAUUGGGGAAAAGGAGCCUGGAAUACAAAAACAGGGAACUUCCAGGGAAAGUUAUAAAGCAGAUGAUUUAGAUGUGAAAGGGAGUAAAGAGUCGGCGAAAUCUGCAAAUAUUGACAUUCGAGACGAUAGAGAAAAGUCAAAGGUCAGUUUCGAUGGAGACAGGAAUGAAAAACAAGAUAAAGUUAGAUCAGCUGGUGCACCUGACGGGAAAGAGGAGAAUGAUGAGGUCAACGUUCGAAGACCAGAAAAAGACGAAACCCCAAAAGAAGAUGUGGGAGGAAGUGAUAAAGACAAUAGAGAAAGCACAGAGACGAACGAUAUAAUUGAAACAGGAGAUAAAUACGAAACCACCUCCAAACGUUCACAGAAACAAAGCCCUUCACCCAAGAGAAAAGAGAAAUCGGCCUCCAAGAAAUCAAUACAUUCGAUGGAUGCACGAUCUAAGAAAGAUGGUACCUCGACAUCGGGCAGUGUUAAAUCAGAAGCAAUGGUCAUUUCAGUGAAAGAGAAAGGGUCCAAUAAAUCCAUUGACGUUUUACGUGAGGACAGUGUUGUCAAAGAUCCAAAAUCCCAUGCUACAAAGCGUUCAGAGAAUGCAGAGGUUUCUUCUGUGAAAAUAACCUCAUCGCUGGAAGAGGUAGAUACUUUGCAAAAGAGGAGGAAAAGUGAGUCUGAUAUUGUAAGGACAUUGCAUCCCUCAGUACAAAAAACCCAUUCUGUAAAGUCAGAGGGACAUGAGGCUACUCAGGCCAGAAAAUCGUCCAAAGACAUAAUCAAAGCAAGCAAGAAAGAAAAUGCCAUAUAUUCUGCUAUUAAUCAGAAAGCGGAUGUACAAGAAAUUCUGGGGAAACAUCAAGUUGUUGACAGACCGGGCUCAACAAUAAAAGAGGAUCGUGCAACUACAAAACUCGAUUCUGACAAAGAAAGCGUAGAUACUUUGCCGAAAAGGACCCAAAGUCUGCCUGAUUACUCGAAAACAUUGCAUUCUUCAGCUCAUGAAGCUCGUUCAGCGAAAUCAGAGGGACAUGCAGUUAAACAUGUCACAGAACCACCAACCGAUGUAAUGAAAGAAAUAAAGGAACGACCAACCAUAGAUUUAGAAAGUACAAAACAGUCUAGUGCUGAUGUAAGAACUGGAGAAACAUCAGAAUCAACGAUAAAAGACGAGCGUGCCACUGAAAAGCUUGAUUUCGGGAAAGAAAGAGUAGAUACUUUGCCCCAAAGAACACAAAGCCUCCCUGAUUAUUCUAGAUCAUUACCAUCUUCAGCCCAUAAACCUCGUUCAGUGAAAUCUGAGGGGCAUGCGGUUACUCAGGUCUUAGAACCACCCAUCGACGUAAGGAAAGACAUAAAGAAGCGACUUACCAUAGUUGCAACAGAUUUAGAAAGUACAAAACGGUAUAAAUCUGAUGUAAACAUUGCAGAAACAUUAGAGUCAACCAUAAAAGACGAACAUGUAACGACAAAGCUUGAUUCCGGGAAAGAAAGUGAAGAUACUUGGCCGAAAAGGACCAAAAGCCUGCCUGAUUAUUCGAGAACCUUACAAGAUUCAGCUCAUAAACCUCGUUCGGUAAAAUCAGAAGGGCAUGAGGUUGCUCAUGUCAUAUGGAAGUCCAAAGAAUUUAAAGAUGGUUCUACGGAAAAGAUCGUUCAAACUCCUUUGCAUCCUGAUGCACGUAUGCACCCAGGGCCUAUUUCAAAGAAAGACGAUGCAUCAUCAAUAAAGAGCUCAGCAAUACAAGUCUCAGAAAAGGAAGUUAUUCGGGACUUUCCUGUCGAGAAUGCUCCAACGAGAAGAAAACGUAGAAAAGAGGGACGCAAGAAAAAGAAAACUGUUGUAAGUGAUAAAUCAGGUACUCAAGAAAGUUCCUUACCGCCAAGCCAUCCCGAUAAGGAUACCAAACACACAUCCCUAGUCGACUUAAAUUCAUCUAAAAUAAAGCAAUCGAGGCAAAGCGACAGUAGUGGACAAACUCCAAAAGAUAUUGGAAGGAUAAAGAAAAAUCUAUCAAAAAUCUUGGAAAGAUCGAAACAGCUGCAGAAACUUCAUAUUGACAAUCGCAAAGCAAAACAAGAGGAAGACACCAAGGAUGUAUCUUACCAAAAGACAGAGGGACAGAAGACAAAGGGGAAAGCAUCUAGAAUUGCCAUUCCUAGAAGACAGAAGGAAAUUGCUUUUGGAAGCUUGACAAUAAACCUUCGUGCGAAAACAGAAAGGAAAAUUGAAGGAAAUGAAAAGGUCAUACCAAUAGAGACUACGUCAGAAAGAACGGUCAGCUCUGACUCGGUUCCAGAAAAUUUAGGGAUUUCAUUGAAUCUUGCCAGAAUCAAAGAAAGAUCAAAGCAACUUCAAAACUUGGAUAAAACUAAUACGGUUACUACAGAUAUUGACAUCGACGAUCAAUCUUCCGAGACUUCUGUAUACCAAAAAGAAAAUUUAUUUGAAAGCCCAAUCGAGUCGGCCGAGUCAACGAAAUCAAAGAUCCUUAAACCUUGGACUUGGUUCAGUCCCGGAGUCACUCCGACUGCAUUUGAAAAAGUGAACAGUUAUCUUACGGAUGGCUUCGGUGCUAGAGGACACUCACCGGAAGAUGACUUGCUUGGGCCAAUAAGUGAGUCUGACUCUUCUAUUAAAGACACAGAAAUGAAAACUGAUGAUGUAUCAAAUGAUGGUAUCGCCCAUGAAACAGACGAUGUAUCCGAGUUGCCGCCUAAACCUCGAAAAUUUCUAAAGAAUUUAUCAAAAAUAAUCGAAAGAUCGAAACAACUCCGAAAGUGGAAGAAGGAAGGUGCCAACCCCGCCCCAACGUCCGAGAAAACAGGGAAGCUGCUUGGAAGUAUUCAUGUUGGUUCUGUCCCUUUGCUAAAAGGGGAAAGUAAUGCGGACCAAGACAAACAAAGUACAAAGGGACAUGAAGGAAAGGCGUCAACAAUAACCAAAAGUGCAUUUCCAGGAACGAUUACUGAUAGUCAAUCUUAUUUUGCAUCAACUGUUGAUAUCUCGAUCAAAAUCCCAAGCGAUGGAGAAAGUGAGGACGAGGAUUCUAAAGCAGGAUUUGGAGACCAUUCUUCGUUUUCGGAAUAUUCGUAUACAGGCACUUUACUAGAGAAAUCAACCAUAAGGUCCCAGAAAUCAUCUAUCCUUCAAGCUACUAAUAGUAAAUCUGGAACAUCCAGACCCAAGUCUACAGAAUCUGAAAAGAGUAGAAGAACGGAAUCCACUGGUCAUGAUUCCAGAAUCACUCAUAAAACAUCGUCCCCCCUUUCGGAGGUACAGGCUUUCUCAGAAUCAAAAAGUGAGAUAGAUAAGAACCAAAGUUUAAAUGAUAUGAAUAUCAUUAACAAGGUAUUCACUAAAAAACAAAUACUCCAAUCAACUAACAGGCCCAUGCGCAAUAAAGAAGAAUUAGAAAGAACGACCGGAUCAGGGAAAGUUUCGAAGGAACAAGACGGAGCUGAUAGCCAAACCUCUGAAUUUUCUCAUGGGAAACAUUCGAAAAAAAAUCGUAGUAAUUCAUCGGUAAGUCCUCAUACUCAAGCAUCAGCGGAGGGUGAAGACAAUAGUGGCAGUAGCAUGGACCCAUCACCACAAGUUUUCAAGAGGAAAAUACAGCCAAGUACUAGUGGAACUAAAGGGGUCAUACAAUCGUCCAGGGAGGUAUCGUCUCAUCAAUCUGUUCGGCAGCAGGGCGAAAACAGUGAUGAUCUCCAAUCAAACCUCAGUGUUGACUCUUCACGGAAAACAGGAGAUACCGGAAGGAUUUAUAAAGACUUGGAAAAUAUGUGGAACAAAUAUGGUAAUAUUCAAAAUGAAAAGAAACUACGAAGACGGAGUUCGAGAGAUUCAGAGUCAGACGUUGAAACUCCACAUGAUAAAAAAUAUUUUGCAAGAAAAGAAAAUAACACUUCUAAACUUUCAGAGCAAUCAGCAAAGGAUGAAAAGUUAAAACGACAUGCAGAAAGGGAAGAUGAAAUCAAAACUUCUAUUUGUUCUUCAGUAGAUGAAAAUCCUUCAUUAAUUGCAGAAUCAUUAAGAAAGUCUGAAGAGCAAAUGCAUAUUGGAGCAAGAAGUAUUAAGAGUAACAAAGGUUCUUCUGCACAGUCGCAAUCACGGAAAGAUAUUUCUCGGCCGGGUUCACAAACAAAGGGAAUAUUAGAUGGUCAUACAACGAAUUCUGGACUGCGAUCUGCUGACAAACAACUAUCGGAUGUUGAUGACCGUACAUCUGUAAAAAUUGAUAAAACACAAAUAACAGCUGGAUCGAAGCGCUCACUUGGCUCUACGAACAACGCUGGGAAAAUGUCAAGCAGAUCUUCGAAAGUGGACAUUAUUCAGAAUACGGACCUUUCCUUAGUCCUCCAAACUGACACAGAAACAUUGCAAGAGUCAAAAUCUGCAACUUCAAAAAGGGUCAUUGAUGGUGAUAUCAAAUCUCCUGUGGUACUAGAACAUGGAAUUUCUAGUCAACAUACAGUCGGAUAUGGACAGAAAUCUUUAUCACCUAUCAGUGGUAGAAGGAAGUCAUCAAGAGAUUCAGCUGUAUCUGUUACAGAAGAAAGGCCGAUUCUUACAGAAAAUAGUGCACAGAGUGUACCAUCCACAUCAUCAAGCCCAGUUGGGAGAUCCGGUAUUCCAGCUCUUAAUGACAACGGAGAUGUAAGAGAAAGCAUAAAAAUUAGAUCCAAGACUGACCUUGAUGAUUCUAUUCAAAUGUCAGUGAAGUCAGUUAUUCAUUCAAAGAGUCGGCUAAGUCAAGUGCAAGGAUCUCAGACGGGGUCAGGUGAGAAGUCUAGACAAAACUCUUCCACAAGUGUUGAUCGUUCUAAAAGCAAGGAUACAUGGCGAAAAGAGUUUUCACAAGAAAUUAAAACCGAAUUGUCUCCAGAUCAAAAUCAUUCUCCUGCAAGCUAUAGAAGUGGUUCAUAUGCUGAUAUCAUAUCCAGCCACUCAUCUAGCUCUAAAAGAUCAAGACAAGCCCCAAGCUCACUUGCUAAGAAGUCUUCUUCGAAGUCACAAAUCCCGGAUAAUACUUCUCUGCAAGAGACACAAGCCAAACAAUUAUUGGGUGACAAUACAGCCAGCUACAAACAGCAAAGUAAAAAGCUAUCAAAUGCUGUUGACAAAAGUUCAUCUGACAGCAUCAAUGUUACACCAAUAGCAGCUGCAUCGACAUCAUCUAGGUCAAGUAAAAGAUCCGGUAUUAUAGCUCUUCCAGACAACACAGAAUUAAGGGAAAGCAUAAAAAGCAUACCCUUGACGCAACGUGAAGAUCGGAGUCAAACGUCAACGAAGCUAAGUCAAGUCCAAGGAUCUUCAAACGGGUCAGUUGGGAAAUCUAGACAGAACUCUUCCACUCAUGUUGAUCGCUCUAAAAACAGGGAUACACGGCAAACAGUUUUCUCAAAUGAUAUUGAAACCGAAGCAAUUUGUAGUGAUCAAAAUCAUUCUCCUACAAGCAAAGGUAGUGUUACCUCAUUUGCUGAUAAUAUACCAAUCCAGUCAUCAAACUCUCAAAGAUCAGGAAAAACUCCAAGCUCACUGGCCAAAAAGCAGUUAGACGCUCAUAUCCUGCCUGCAGAUUCGGCUGGCGUAAGCGACGUAGAAGGUGCGGAUAUUCAUGCAGAAGAUUUUACCAAGGUUGUCCAACCUGGUAUGACUAGUCCUCGAAUUGGUGAUAUCACAUUUCCGGAUAGCAGAAAAAGCUCACCAGCAUACAACCAUAAUCGGAAGAGUGCUUCGAACAUAUCUGGGAAGAACGAUGAAAACGUACACGAUCGUCCUGCAACAAACCAAGAAAAUAGCCCUGUACCGCUGCCUGCUGUAAGGUCCGCAACAGUCAUUGGACCCACUGUUGAUUAUGAACCUAUCGGAAAAGCCCUUACAACUCACGUAAGACACCAAAGCCUUCCUGAUUUUUCACGUGAUAACAAUGUACCAAUGUCACAUGGGAAGGAACCUUCGUCCGAGAAACGAAGUGUUAAAGUACCUGGUCCUUCAAAACAGUCUAGUGUUUCGGGAAAUAAUGAGGGCAGGAUUUUUGAAAAUCGCAAUCUGGACGAUUAUACUAUUAGACACACACACAUUUCUUCUCUUUCACCAAAUGCCAGAAAUAAAACUGGGAACAGCGAUAGUACAGCCGAAUCUAAGCAAACCAAAGGCCCUGCAUUCUCACAAGCAUUGUCGUCGCCAUCAGAAAACCAUCUUGAUCUCCUUGGAGAAUAUGAACCAAAUCCAGUGCAUUCUUGGAUUCUACAAAUAGGAGAAAAUGACCCAAAGACUUCCAAAGACACAACGCGACCUUCCACGAGUCAUUCUCCAUCCCCUGUCUCGGCUAUUUCCAUAGGAAGUCAUUCGCCCAUAAAAAUGAACCAGCUUGAUGAUAAUCAGUCAAGAGAAAGUUAUGAGAUGCGGAAACCCCCUGGAAUGGCAUAUCCUGAUUACAGAGAUAGCAAAUCAAAUGACCAAAGCUCGCCAGAUAUCUCCAGCGCUCAUCGGAAUAUUGUCAAUCGCAACCCUUCCCCUUCUUUUGCUAGAUCCACACCAAGUCAGGAUGCAUUCAUACCAGCAAGAUCAAAGUCACCUGCAUACAGUCAUCAUAUUCCUCAAGAUGCAGAUACUCUCGGUCAAGCUUCACCAGAUCUCUCUGAUGUUUAUAAAAACAUCCUUAAUCGCAGCCCUUCUCCUUCGUUUAGAAGUGCACCUCCCUCUGAAGGCGUUUUCAGUCCUGGUGGUCCGAUUUCAGCUUCUGCCAAAGAAAAUCAUCCAGUUAUCGAAAAUGAUUUUCCUUCUCGGGACUCGUCACCUACUAUCUACAGCUUGUCUUCUCUCGACAUCAAAUCGCCACGCCCACCAACAGGACCGAAACAUCCUUUGUCGAGAAAGUCAGCCAGAGUUGUCAGAUCUAUUGACGGUGAUGACCGCGUAUCUCCCUCGUUAGGCUCUUCAGGUGAUAAAAGAACACAGGAAAUACGAAAGGACAGUAUAAGUGCCAAGUCAUCACCUCAAGUUUCGAAACCUUCGUCUACAAAUUCGCAAGAAACUGUUAAUGCAGUUAUGACACCAAAAGAACCACCUAGCAAUAUCAGUAGCAUUCAAUCGGGAAGUUCUAAAAAGUUUUUCUCGUCGUCGGGCAAGAUUGAUAAAUCUCGAGUUUCACUGGAAAGGACUGAAGCACCAUUAAAUAAUUCAAAAAUUUCGCUCAAAUCUAAGGGCACUGGAAGUUCAUCAAAACUAAGCAGUGUGCCUGUCGGAGGAAAGAAGCAGCCAUCUAGUGAGUCAUUGCAACAACAUUUCAUAAGUAAAAGUCCUAGCCAAUCGGAACGCACCACAGGUGGAAGCCUACUUAACGAAUCUGAAAGUUAUAGAGACACUCCUAAACAAAAUGGACAAAUAUACCAGGAAUUAGAGGAUAUGUGGAAAACCUAUGAGCAACUGAAAGACAGUAAGCUGCAUUUUCAAGACGAGGAUGUCAUUCAUCAUCUAGAGGAUUUCGAGAAUAGAGUGGAUGGAUCCGUGACAUCAGUAGAUCCACAGUUUAGACCGCUAUCCAAAGGGAGUCAUGAUCGAGGAGCUUCUAAGCUAGAUAUAUCAUCCAGUAGAGGUAAAGUUAAGACACGACUUUCAAACACAUCUGAAGUAAAGUCUCCCAUUUCUGCUAAAACUCCAGUACAAACAUCUGAUCUGGAAGAACAGCAACAACAAAAUGUUCCAUCACUGGAGAAGACACUGUCUGAGCUGAUUAUGAUAUCAGAUAAAAAUAAUCUUAUCUCUACGGAUUCCUCUGUAAAUUCUGGCCAAAAUUUCAAAACUCCUGGAUCUAUAAUAAAGACACCAACUCUUCAGCAAAAAUCAGACCUGCCUGCUGAGAAAGCACCUAAUUCGACAGAUCAAACCAGAAACAGACAUGAAGUAACUUCCAAAUCAUCUUCCGUAAAAGAUCAAAGAGACGCAGUAUCGCUAAAGGAAGAUACAAGCAGUGGUCGCGUAUCUCCCUCGAACAUCGAAUACCCAAGAUCUGUAAUAAAAUCAUCUACCAAAACUUUAGAUUCUUUAGUGCCUACACCACAUGACCUGUCUUUGAGUGAAACGCCAAAGAGACACGUUAUUGCUUCAAGAAGUCCAACCUUGAAAUCUUACUCAUCGUCAGGCGUUAUCAAGGCUUACAAAGAAGACGACAAAGAGGGUGCAAGAUCUCUCACAAAAACUGAAUUAUCAAAAUCUUCAAGAUUAGUGACUGCAGUAGAUUAUCCUCCAACAGAACAUGGAAGUAUUUCUAUACAUGAUACUCCUUUGACUCAAAAGUCAAAGAGAGAUGAUGUCCCUUCUAAAUAUUCUGAGAAGUCUAAAGCAAAAACGCCUUCACCGAGCACUUCUACGAAUCAUCAUAGUCCCACAAUCAACUCUCAAUCAAAGACUGAUUCCGUUCAGAAUCAAGGAUCUGCCAAAGUUCAAGACAUUAUGUCGACAAGCCCUGUUGUAAUAUCUAAAUCAAAGGUUGAAUCUCGUCAAUCCCAUGCGAAGUCGGGAGCCAAAAGUCAAGUAUCUUUACUUUCUAAGGAAACAUCAAAAGAAUCUUACUUGGAACAAAACUCGAACAGAGAUGAUGCUUCUGCAAUGUCAUUUGCACAAUCUCAAGGGGGAUCGUCAUCAUCAGAGAAAUUUUCUACUCCUACAGGACACCAGAAAGACAUAUCCAGAUCUACCAAAGUGAAAUCUUACCAGAUGACCAACUCUGCUCAAUCUGUUUUGAAGCCAGAAAGUAAUAGUACAAAUUCAGAACCUCAUGUCAAUACACCAAACGAUCAAACAGGGAAUAGACAAAAUGUCUUUUCAAAAAUGUCUCUUGUGAAAGCUCAAGAGAAAACAGUUUCACCUGGAUCAGUUACAAGGAGCCCUGAUGACAUUUCUGAAGCAAUGAAAGGAUCCAGUGCGAGAUCGCGAACAAAGUCAUUAUCGUCGGAAGUGCUCACACAGACCCCUGAAAAAGAACAUGGAAGUGUUUCUAACAGUUCGGUAAAAUUCCACCAAAAAGAUGUAUCUGCAAUAUCUGUUUCGUGGUCAGCAGUCCAAAGUCCUGAUAACAUGUUGUCCAGCGGUACAGAAAAGCACCACCCCUCGAGUAAAACGUCAAAGAGACAAGAAACUGCAUCCUCAAUUUCUAUUUUGAACGAUAAUGAAAAAGCAGUAUCACCAUCACAUGUUUCGAAGACUCCUAUACAAGAACAUGAAUGUUCAUCGCGGGGAAAGGAGACAAGAGUUUCACAGUCAAACGAUCAUUUAGUAACACCAGAUAUUAAUACCAGUAUAGAAUCUCAGAUGAGUAUUCCAGUUCCAGUGGCUACACCUUCAAAAGCUUCUGAAACUGAAGGCAUGGACAAUCUAGUGACAGCAUCUAUUUCAAAAAUUAGUCGAUCGUCGAAGAAAUCAGAAACUGCUUCCAAAAGGUCCAGUGGGAAACCUGAGAACAGAGCUGAAUUACUUGUGGCAACUGUGAUGAAGAGCCCGGGGCAAAAUGAACGAUAUAAAACGCCACUUAAAACUCCUAGUACUGCUCAACUCAGUCAAACAUCAAACAAACAGGACGGUGCUUCCAGGAGUCAUAAGGAAUUGUCGCAGGAAAAAGCAGUUUCAACCCCAUCUGGGACAUCUACAAGAGCUGAUAAACUUGAAUCUUCAAUUCAGAAGGAUGCACCAAUUGCCUUACAACUUAGCAAUACACCAAAUAGUAUACAUUCCCCUACAGGUAGUUCUGUAAAAUCCCCCAAAGAGAUAAGGUCGGAAGGAUCCUUGUCGAAGACCACAGAUGAUAAAAAGCGCCCACUGCUUUCAGAGAAUGAAGAGGUUGAUUCAAGGUUAGAUCUUUCGUCAAAUACUCAUAUCUCCUCUCGUAAGAGUUCAUCAAACUCGCAGAAAAUAAUUGAAUCCCCGAAAUCUGAUUCGAUGAUAGGCCAUCUUCUUCGGAGUGGGGCUAAACAGAACAAUCUGUCAAAUACGAGCACAGCUUCGAGGAGUUCAUCUAAGGCAAGGAAAGAAUCACCCGUAUCGAAAACGAAAAGGCCUGUCGAGUCCCCAAUCGUUCCAGAGAAUGCACAAAUUAAUUCAAGGUCGAGUUCAUCGUCAUAUACACAAAUCGCUUCUCGCAAGAGUUCGUUAAAAUCGCAGAAAAUACCUGGAUCCUCAGAUUCGAAGAGAGAACAUUUAAGUCAUGUAAGUCGAGAUUCGACAUUAUUAAGUGAGAAUACUCAGAAAAAGCAAUCAAGCACAAGCAAUAUUUCUAGAAGUUCUUGGAAUGCAAAGGAGGCAUCUCUUCCAUCGACAACGAAAACUCAUGUUGAUUCCCCGCUGGUUUCAGAUAAACCAGAUAAACCAAAAGUUCAUUUACGAUCGAGUCAAUCGUCAUAUGCACAAAUCUUCUCUCGCAAGAAAUCGCUGCAAAUAUCGCAAUCUCCUAAAUCAGUGUCGGAUAGAGGGCAUCAAGAUAAUGCCUCUCCAGUACACAGUGGGUCCCAUCGGAACAUUCAAUCAAAUACAUCCAUUACCUCCAGAAGUUCAUCUAGGGCAAAGAAAGGAUCACCCCUACUGAAAACAAAAACUCCCGUUGAUAGCCCAAAUUCGCCAUCGGAUCUUCAUCAAAGUGAAACAUUGAUCAGUGACUAUAAGCAUCAGUCAAAGUCCCUAUCUUCUCCAAUUGCAGGGACGCCAGUGAAGGGCAACAGUCCUCCCAUUGAAAGGAAAACAACAAAUGAUGCACAGCUGAGUAAAACGGAAAUGGGCAUUGCAUCCAGGAAGUCCACAGCGAAAUCUUACGCUAAAACUGUUUCACCUAUAUCGUUAACUCACGCACCUGACAUGUCUGUUGUGGACAAGGAAUCCGUAUCAUCAAGUAAGGCACUGUCUGAAUCACGUUCAAGCCAAUGCAAGGGAAAUGAAGCCACUUCUAGAAUUUCUCAUACACCUCACGCACCAUCUGUCAAUGAUACCCCACUUAAGAGUAAAGAAUCUCCUGUUCGAACACCAGGUACUUCCCAGUUAAAUAAAACUCGAAAAAGGCAAAGCAUAUCCCCAAGUUCUCUAAAAUCUAGAAAAACGCCUGUUGAAAACGGAGAUCCUCCCGUUGCUGAAUAG